AUGUCGUGGAAGGCUUCCGAGAGGUUGAUGGACACCAUCCGCCAUUAUGCCAAUUUCCCAGCUACCGGUGUGAGCUUGCGGCAGAUGGUCCAGUUCGGCGAGAGGCCUUCUGUCGGAACCUUGUUUCGUGCCUCGCAAUUCCUCGCCGAAGAGCUCCCUAUUCGCCUUGCCCACCGAGUUCAGGAGCUCACGAACCUGCCAGAUGGACUCAACGAGAUGCCCUCAGUCAAGAAAGUCCAGGACUGGUAUGCGCAGUCGUUCGAGGAGAUCACUACCCUACCACGUCCCGACCUCGGAAAGGAAGUACGAGAACGGUUGCUGCACACGGGAAGGUUCCAACAUAAUGGCAGAGGGUCAAUACUGUCCGAAGCCACACCGAACCCAAGCAUCCGCGAAGGCCAAUAUGCGUCGUCGCCCUACGCCCAGUCGGGCGCCAACAGCGGGAAGAAACAACAAGCAGCAGCUAGGAGAUAUUUCGCAAUGGUCGAUGACACGGGCCAUUGGCCGCCUGACCUGCAGGCUUACAACUCGAGAUUUGCCCAGACUUUAAACAAAAUAAAGAGGAGGCAUGAUGGCGUUGUCACCACCAUGGCGCAAGGCAUCCUGGAGUACAAGAGGAGACGGCAACGGAUGCAGAUCGAUAAUAACAUCCAGUCGUUCCUGGAUCGUUUCUACAUGUCACGCAUCGGGAUACGCAUGCUUAUCGGGCAGCACAUUGCUCUGACCGACCAGAACCACCACCGAGACCCGACCUAUGUUGGUAUUAUCUGUACCAAGACGAAUGUCCGAGACCUCGCCGAGGAGGCCAUCGAGAAUGCCCGGUUUGUUUGCGAGGAUCACUACGGCCUGUUCGAAGCACCCAAGAUCCAACUCGUCUGCAACCCGAACCUCAACUUUAUGUAUGUUCCGGGCCAUCUGUCGCAUAUGCUCUUCGAGACUUUGAAGAACUCGCUACGCGCUGUGGUCGAGACUCACGGCCAGGACAAGCAAGAUUUCCCGGUGACCAAAGUUAUUGUUGCCGAGGGGAGAGAAGAUAUUACCAUCAAGAUAUCUGAUGAGGGCGGCGGCAUUCCACGGAGCGCUAUACCACUUGUUUGGACGUAUAUGUAUACCACAGUGGAUCGGACACCCAACCUCGACCCGGACUUCGACAAGAGCGAUUUCAAGGCACCGAUGGCUGGGUUUGGCUACGGCUUGCCCAUAUCGAGGUUGUAUGCUCGAUACUUUGGUGGUGAUUUGAAGCUCAUCAGCAUGGAAGGGUACGGGACCGAUCAAUUAGCAGUCAUGAGGGACUGGACAUCGUCCCGAGGAUUGGCGAUGCCUAAGAGAAUGAUGCAGAAGCGGCUUAAGGAACUCGAGGUGUCAGAGCGUAAACAGGUCGGCGACGCCGAAUCCAUGAUGGUCCAGGAGAGCGGAAGGUUUACCCGUGAUCAGAGCGGUGGUGAACUGUGA